AUGGACACUGAAUCUCAUCACACCCGAGACAACGAGUUUCCUCAUUCUCACUCCUCCCACUCCCACUGGAUGGAUAUGCCUCCCUUCAACUCCUCCCAGCAAUCGCCUCCCCUGCCCGACUACCAGGGCUUCCACUAUGGCUCCUCUCCUGUCAUGCCUCUGGACUCCUCCUUUGGCAUGUCCAUUCCUCCCCCUUAUAGCUCGCUACCGUUGACGAUGCCUUCCCAUCCUUGGCCCAGCCUGCUCGCCUCGCAUCAACAACAACCUCCUCCUCCUCCGCAUUACCAGGAGGCGGGUCUGCCUCCCAUGCAUAUUCCUCCUUCCAUCUCUCCGGCCGGUCCUAUCCCGCCGCCGCGUAAGUCGUCGACUGGCGGUACCAACCCCCGGAGAACCUUGACGGAUGAUGACCGUCGACGAAUGUGCCUCUACCAUGAGGAGAACAAGACGGCCAAGCAGACAGACAUUGGAGCGCUCUUUGGCGUCGAACGAAGUACUGUCUCCAAAGUACUGCGCCAGAAGGAAAAGUACCUCAACCCUGACGACGGGAGUCGAUCCCCCAUCAAGCGAUCCAAAGGAAGGGUCCCUGAUAUCGAAAAGGCCCUGUCCAACUGGGCAAGGAACUACCAACGACAGGGCUACCCCUUGAACGACGAGAUGAUCAGAGAAAAAGCCCUCUUCUUUGCCAGCACCUGUGGCUGCCCCGAGGGUAAAGAAAAAGUCCUGAGCAGAAGCUGGUUGGAAAAGUUCAAGCAAAAGAACAGCCUCAUGGGUGCCAAAUCUCGCAAGAGCUCUUUCGACACGGUCAAGAGCGAUUCCGACAGUCCUAUCCGUCUCAGUAUCGACUCGGCUUUGGCUUCCGCCAUGCAAUCCCCCACCAGUGUGCUCUCGCCCAUCUCCCCAACCGCAACCGGUUUCGCGACGCCUUCUCCCUUGUCCCCUACCCAGAGCCAGGAGAACAUGAAGAAAGAACUUGUCGACAGUCUGGCUCAACUCUCUGAAUACCAGCAGCAUGUGCAUUCGAAGAGCACGACCUCGCUGGAAACCACUUCUUCCGUCUCUGCCGGUAUCACCAGUCCAACAUCUACCCUGGUGUCCGACAGCCCGUUCACUCCUACCAGCCAGUCGCGCAUCUCGCCCACCGAUAACAACGCCAGCAGACCGCGCAGUCAAACGCUUCCUUCUGGCACGUACGACCCUAACGCCCCGUCCACCGACGAGUCCAAGGAGCAAAUGGCCUCUCAAGCCGCCCUUCAGCAGGCCUUGUCAGUUGCACUCCCCCAAUCACCAAUCGAGGACGAGAAACCCGCUUCUAUUUUGGAUGCUCCCAACAUCAUCAAGCGCAACCGCAGCAACCCAGAGAUCAAGACCAAAUCGAUCUACCCUCCCUUCUACUCCAAAUCAAACACUGUUUCCCCAGUCAGCCCUCCUGGAUCGCCUACUCAGGAUGAAGCAAGAAAUGCACUAGAGUUGGUGAUGAACUACUUCCAACAUCAGCCCACUGGACUUGGUGCGCAGGAAUACGUGACCAUUGGGAAGUUGAUGGAAAGGCUUGAGCUUGCCAAAAGCCAUCACACCACUCUUCCAGGAGGGCUUACUCGGAUUGAUGAACACGAGGAUGCACCUCAUCUGAUCAAGAAGAGAAGUAUCCACAGCUUGGGUUAG